AUGUCAAGAAAAAAACAAGAAGUUGAAGAUAAAAAGUCUAACAGUAGCGAUUGUUAUAAAUACUUUAUAUUUAGGAAGACACAAAUUGAGUUAACGUCGUCAAUAGAAGAAGCAGUAUCUCUUGGUAAUAAUUAUGUCCUUGCUAUCUGUGGAAUACAAAGUGAUCCAGAAUUUAGGAUUUGUACAGCUUUGUCUGAUUAUACAUGUAUAAUAUAUUCUGUUGGAGAGAGUUUAAGUCGGACUAUUAAGUUAACUCACAAUAAAACACCUAUUGUUGGCAUUAAGUUUAGUCCUACUUCUAGAAAUAUUCUUUAUACAGCAACAAACAAUGGACUAAUUCAAGCAUAUGAUUUGCGAGCUAAAGGAAAAGUUAUUGCAGAAUUUAAAGAUAGUACUGAAGAUGGAAAAAUGAAACGUCUCUGUAGUUUUGAUAUAAGCUGUGAUGAAAAGCUUAUAGCAGGUGGUACUGAACAUAUUGGGGGAGACACAUUUAUUUUAUUUUGGGAUACUCGAUAUAUCAAUACAAAAAUAGAUGAUAAAAAUAAUUUUCUUGGUGGGUACUGGCAAUCUCACAUAGAAGAUGUAACUUCUUUGGCAUUUCAUUCUAGUAAGCAGGAUGUCUUAGCAUCUGGUAGUACUGAUGGAUUGAUUAAUGUCUUCGAUCUUACAAAGCCCUCAGAAGAUUCUGCAUUAACUUAUUCUUUGAAUACUGAAUCAUCUGUGGACAGGAUAGGAUGGUUUAAUGAUGAUAAUCUAUGGUGUACAACACAUACACAUUCACUACAACUUUGGAACUGUUCUGGAGCAGAACCAUAUGCUAAAUUUGAACGCAAUAACUUAGCAGUUUCACAGGUUAAUACAUUAAAUGUAGUUUUUAAUAUUGAUGUUUAUAUAUAUAUAAGAAAUCACAUUAAAAUAACUUAAAAACAAUCUUAAAAUAAAACACUGAAAAAUAAUUUAUAUAUGGAAAAUUUGAGAGGUUUAAACAUCGUAAAUGAUCGAUUGGAAACGUGUUACAAAAUAAUGGGAAAUAAACAAAUAGUACGUGACAGUUGGCUACAUGAAAAGAGUGGUUCCUUGGUAACAGUAGGCGAAAGUGGAUUUAUAAAUAUUUGGAGACAAACAGAAACAAUGCCUAUGCAACAAAGUUCUAGCCAUAAAUUGGUGGCAAAAAUUGGUAUUGGCAAAGGAUGUGAUCGUCAAUACAGGACUAAGCCAUAUUAACUAAAAGUGAUGGGAUAAAAAUUUGUAAAUGCAAAAAGGAGUUUUUCAAGCUGCAACAGAUUUGCUUAAAAGAUUCAUCUAAAAUCAUGUCUCUAAAAGUGUCAGUCGGCUUAAUAACGCAACAAGUAAGGAUUCAACAAGAUCGGCUGAUCUAUCUCACUAAGCCGGCUGUCGUGUACCUCGCGUCGGUUUGCAGAGUUUUGCAAACUCGGAUCACGAUGAGAAAAUUUGUAUGCUUUUUAAUAAGGUCUGAAGAGAGCCCGGAGUACUAUAUUUCGAACCUUGGUGGAUAAGACUCGGCUUAUCGCUUAAAAUCAGUGCUCAGAUUAAUUGAAGACUUGAUUGUUUGUCGGUUGGUGUUCGGAAAAAGACUGGAAUUUCGGAAGAGGAGGAGAAUCUGAGCUGUUGAAGGCGGAGUUAAUUUUGGGGGGUGAAUAACUGGAAAAUGUAGAAAAUCGGUUAUUGAUGGUUGAGCAUUUCUUAAAUAGAUAGAGAAAGGAUAGAAGUGGUGAUGGAAGGAUGAGUUGUCUUAUUUCUGGGAAAACCCGGUAGAAAAGGAGAUGGAAUAUGAGAGAAGGAAGAGGUUAGUUUGGUAAUUAGGAAGUCGGUACAAUGAAUGAUAAAAUUGUGUCUAAGCUAAUGUCGAUCGAUUAUGAUUUUAUUGGGGGGUACACGCGUCUAACGAUCCCGUUAAUCCUCCGAGUCGCGGCUCCUUCAGGCCUGUUUUACAAUCCUUUUGAAAAGAAAUGUCCUGUACGGAACACCGGCCAUUUUAAUACUUUUUUUUCCCGCGAAUAUUUCUGAGCACUAAUCGUUAUCUUUUUAUUUGUCCAUAUAUUUUAUAAUUAUUCUUCCUUUAUAGUA